AUGAGUGGUUGGCAUCAGAAGUACCUGGAGACUGUCUCUGAAGGUAUCAAAUACUUGUGGACGAGUGGACACUUCGCUGAUGCAAGUAUUAUUGUUCAGAAUAAGCGCUUUCGGUGUCAUAGGGCAGUCUUGGCAGCAAUGUCCGCUCACUUUGAUGCCACCUUCUCAUCAGGGAUGAGGGACAGCCCGGAUGGGACUUUGACCUUAUUAAAUAUAGAUGUCUCAACAUUUGACAGCGUUCUGAAUUUUAUAUACACCGGUAAAAAUGUCGUCUGUGAAGAAAAUGCAGAGAGUCUUCUGAGGGCCGCAACAACUCUUCAAGUAAAAGGCCUCAUCGAUAUGUGUGGCGAAUUUCUGGUAGAAAUUCUUACGCCUGAAAACUGUAUAAGAAUGUGGCGACUAGGACGGACACAUGACUGUGAGGAACUCAAAGACAAAGCCUGGCCGCUAAUACUCGAUCAUUUCCUUGACUUGGCGCGAUCAGAAGAUUUCAAAGAUAUGAACGUCGACGAAUUAGCAGCCAUAAUAAAAGAUGAUGAUUUGGUGGUCCCAAACGAGGAGAUGGUUUGCGAGGCGGUUUUUAGGUGGGUGGACAUUGAUCCAGACAACCGGAGUGUACAUUUAUCUUAUAUUGUCGAACAUCUGCGGCUACCUCUGGUGAGUCCCGAAUAUCUUCUAAGCAUCAGCCACAAUAAAGGGUUACUCAAGGAGGAUAUGGUUUGUCGAGUAAUGCUGGAAGAGGCCAAGAGAUAUCACAUGCUGCCUGCCAGAAGGCAAGAAUUCACAUCAAAACGAGCAGCGUAUCGAAAUUCCUUUGAUCCAGAUGAAGUGAUUGUGAUGUUAACAGGCGGGUCAACACAAACCAAACCCACUGAAGUUCUCUGCUAUAGCUUUCGGCAAUCCAAAUGGUUCUACCUGGCACCUCUUCCGUAUGACCCAGGUGUAGAGUUUUCUUCUUGCACCUACGCUAACAAUAUCUACCUGUCAGGUGGAAGUAGAAAAUGGCCCAAGCUCUUUAAGUAUAACAACGAGAGCAAUGACUGGAGAGAGUGCGAACAAAUGGCACAAGGCAGAUCACGUCAUGGUAUGGUUGCAGUAAGAGACUCCGUAUAUGUUCUCGGUGGAUACAACAGAAACCUGCCAGUUGGAAACAAAGUAAUGUCUUCAAUAGAGAAAUACAGCAUCAACACUGGCAAGUGGUCCAUGGCUGGAGAUUUACCCAUCCCGGUGGAGAUGGUGUCUGCGUCUGUAAUUGGUGAAAAGAUUUUCACGUUUGGCGGAGCUCAACGUAAUAACAGAAACACACCUGCGAUCCAGUGUUUUGAUACCAGGAUUGGCCAGUCAUCUCACUUUACAGAUCUCCCUUUUGCAUGCCGUUUGACCAGAACGGUCGUAUGCGAUUCGGCUGUUUUUGUUAUUACAACAGAUGGUGACGUCAUUGAAUUUUCUGAAGAUGGUGGAUGUCGUACAAUCGGCAAAGUGGAGAAUUUUGGACGAGUUCAUUUUGGGGCAGUUCAGUACAGAGGGAACAUUAUCUUAAUUGGAGGCAAGAAACGAAACGAUAGUGCCUGUGAUACAAUGCUCUGCUUUGAUCCACUGAAAGCUGGAGCUGAAACGCUUCCAGACAGAAUGCCAUUCCCAAAUGUGAUUGACGCUUGCGUGAAGUCGGUUAUCAACAGUCAUCACUUGAGACAAGAGUAUCCAAGAGGCAGUAAGAAUAUAAUCAACGGCAAUGGAACUUGA